AUUGUAGAAAAUUUCAAGUCAGACAACAAAUUUUUCAUAAAAAAAUUGCAUAGUAACUAGCGUAGCCGAAGAAACUUACCAUGGCUGUAAAAAAUAUCAAUAAAAUUAAUAGUUUGAAUUUGUUUGGAUUUAUCAAAAGGUUCCCAAAAGACACUGUAAUUUUAGGUUGGGCUCCACAUCGCAAUGUCACAUCGUGUAAUCAACUGAAGAGACAUGCGCAGAAAAAAAAUAACGUGCCAAAUUACUCGAAUGUCUUAAGUAAAACUUCAGCGACCAGACAGGUCAAUGAGGAAAAUUCACGAAAUGGCGUUCCAUUUGAUGGACGACAAUUUGAGAACCAAUUGGCUGCUGAGCGUAUACGCCAAUCUAAUGAAAUAUUGAAAGAUCAUUAUCUAAAGAGACGUCAUAUGCUACGGACGUUAAUUUAUGAUGUUAAGAAACCAAUUCCGGAAUUUUCGAAAAAACUCAAGGGUAUCAUGGCUCAAGAAACAGAUGAUACAAAUGAAACAGUCAGUGCUGAUAUGAUGAGAACCAGUCACGAUUACCCAUCGCGACGUUGUAGACCAGAGGCGAAAGAUGAUUUAACUGAGGACAGUGUGAAAGACAGGCACAUGAAAUUCCAUAAGCGUAGGCAGAUAAAUUCUGACGUGGAUGAGCUACCUGAAUUAGAUGAUUAUUUGGCGACCAGACGUAGUCGCAAAGCUGCCAAAGUGUUAAGGCCGCCAGAUAGCUAUAAGUAUGGCGAAAUAAAGCCCACCGAAUUUAAAGAGCACAGACUUCUGGCCCAUCAAAGGGAGAGAGUUAAGAAAAUGUGGCAAAUCGGAUCAAGACAAAUUCCACGGUUGGAGUAAUUAAAUAUUCAUGAAAUGUAUUGCGGACCAUUAAUUUAAGUUCAAAAUUGAAAAAUGCCCAUCUUUGAGAUCAAUGUUUGUUUAAAAAACUUUGGAACUACAUGUGUAUGUAUAUAUGUGAAUGUAUACAUAUUGACAAAAUCUACUAUGUUAAACUGUGAAGUAAUGCAUUUAGAGGUGUUUCUGCUAAUCAGCGGAUCUGAUUAACUGUAACAAAAAACGAAAGAAAGUUA